AGCGGCGCUGAUUGACAGCGCGGCGCUGAGGAGGGAGCGCGGCGAUGGAGGCGGUGCGGGCGCAGCGGCUGCAGCCCGGGGUGGGCACCGGGCCCCGCGGGGCUCGGCCCGGCCUCACCGGGGCCCCCGCGGCGCUCGGACCCGCACCGGCAGCGGGAUUGGGGCCGGGGCUGGGGCUGCCGCCGCCGCCGCCGCCGCUGGGGCUGCAGGGCCCCCCCCGCGCCCCCCGGGACGGCGGCCGGGGCCGGGGCCGGGGCCGGGCCGCCCGCGGUGCUGCGGGAGGCGGUGGAGGCCGUGGUGCGGAGCUUCGCCAAGCACACGCAGGGCUACGGCCGCGUGAACGUGGUGGAGGCGCUGCAGGAGUUCUGGCAGAUGAAGCAAUCCCGCGGGGCCGAGCUUCGCAACGGCGCCCUGGUUCUCUACGAGAUGGUGCCGGCCGCCAGCCCCCCCUACGUCUGCUAUGUCACCCUGCCCGGGGGCAGCUGCUUCGGCAGCUUCCAGGAUUAGGCAGAACCUUAAACUGGCAGAGGAAUAUUCCACUGCUGGAGCUCAGGAUUUGUCCCAAAACCUCUCCUGCGGAUGCCAAAACUCUGGGAAUCAAAUCAGAGCGUUGGAUCACGAGGACCCUAAACACCAUCCACUUCCAGCCCUGUGACAUCCCACUGGAGGGAUCCAUUCCUUCACCCUCCUGGGAAAACUCUGACCCAAAUCCCUCACCGAGGAGAUGAAAGUCCCCAAAGAUC